ACAAUUUCCAAUUAGUCAUGUUUUUUAAACACAAAUAAUCAAUUCCAUAACAUUCUCUUCAUAACUUAAACAAAAAACAAAUAACAAAAACCCCACAACAAACCAAAUUAUCGUGAGAAUAAACUCAAAACAAAUCGUGUUUUAGGUUAUAAUAGAGUAAUAGACCGAGCUGUCAUUUUCUCAAGUGACGUAUGAAAGAAAGCAGUGGUAAAAAAUAGUGGAAAAAUAAAUAAAUAGUGUUAAAUAAUAGUUUUAGUUUACAAAAUGUGGAAAGCUCAAGCUGGAAGACAAAUUAAUUUAGAUUCAUCACCUACUGAUGAUGAUGAUUGGGAAACUGAUCCGAAUUUUGUUAAUGAUGUGGAUGAACAUGAACAGAGAUGGGGGUCUAAAAGUGGCCGAACCGCUGGGGCUAUUGAUAUGAACCAGCUAAGAGAAGAGACAGCGAUAGCAGACGCCGAGCACAAACGAAAGCAGUUGGAGGAAGGGCCUAAGGCGGCCUUCGGCUACGGAGGAAAAUUCGGUGUACAAAAAGACAGAAUGGAUAAAGUCGCCGUAGGGCACGAUUAUGUGUCUAAAGUUGAAAAACAUGCUUCGCAAAAGGAUUACAGUACCGGCUUUGGGGGCAAAUUUGGGGUGCAGACUGAUCGAAUAGAUAAGAGUGCCGUUGGUUGGGAACACAAAGAAAAAAUCGAAAAGCACGCCUCCCAAAAAGACUACAGUACCGGUUUUGGUGGUAAAUUUGGUGUACAGAAUGAUCGAGUCGAUAAAUCUGCUGUCGGUUGGGAUCAUAUCGAGAAGGUUGAAAAACACGAAUCACAAAAGGAUUAUGCAGUUGGUUUUGGUGGCAAAUUUGGUGUCCAAGAUGACCGACAAGACAAAUCAGCAGUCGGUUGGGACCAUCAUGAGGCACCACAGAAACAUGAAAGUCAAACCGAUCAUAAAGUUGGUUUUGGUGGCAAAUUCGGUGUCCAACAAGAUCGUCAAGAUAAAUCAGCCCUCGGCUGGGACCAUCACGAAGCACCCCAGAAACACGAGAGUCAAGUCGAUCACAAAGUUGGUUUUGGCGGUAAAUUUGGUGUACAGACGGACAGAAUGGACAAAUCAGCAGUAUCGUUUAAGGAACAGACAGAGGCGGUUGGAACUAAUUAUACUAGAGCUAAACCAGAUAUAGGUUCCGCGAAGCCCUCGUCGAUAAAAGCCCGUUUCGAAAACAUGGCCAAAGAGAGCGAAGAGCAAGUACGUCAAAGGGCCCAGAUGGAACGCGAGAGACGCCGAAUGGACGAAUUAAGGGAACGAGAAUUAGCCAAAAAACAACAGCAACAAAAAAUCGAACAACAAAUCCCACAAAUCGAACAAAUCGAACAAGAACAAAACAAUCAUGUGGUUCCCGAAAAAAUCACCACUGGUCGUCAAAAUAGUAUCAGUAGUGCUAUCGACGCCUUCAACAAACCCCAAGAUGAAGAGUUUAAGAUUAAAGGAAAGGUGAAAUCGCCGGUUAGGAGUCUGCCUAUACAAUUGCCGAAGGAGAACGGAGAUAGUGUCAAUAAGUCGAUACCGCCUGAUGUGGUGCCUAAUGAGAGCAAGUUGAAGUUCCAAGAGAUAAGCGACAUAAGCGAAAUCAGCCUGUCGCCUUCGUCCCCAAAGGACGACUCAUCGUCCCUGAAAGGAUUCGAGAAAUUAGAGGCGGAGGUUAACGCCGCCACUGAGGCCGAAUUGAAGGCGGCUCUUGCAGCCGAAGCCGAAGAGGAUUUGCAAGAAAUACAGGAUGGCGUUGUCGAAGAUUCGGGCCUAGUGGCAGUCGCUCUUUACGAUUAUCAAGCCGCUGCCGAGGAUGAGAUAUCCUUCGAUCCUGAUGACGUUAUUACGCAUAUCGAUAUGAUUGAUGAGGGUUGGUGGAGAGGUUUGUGCAAAGACCAAUACGGGUUAUUCCCCGCAAACUACGUGCAGUUGCAACAGCAAUAA